ACAUUGCGAUAACACGUCAGAACCCAAACAACUUGAAUAUACAAAUUGCUAGGAGAUAUCGUCCAAUUUCUAGAUAUAUCUUUCGUCGAGUUUUCCAGUGGAAACAAGGGGACUAUUUCACGUCCGCGUAGAGUAGAAAAGCAAAUUGUAGUGCGCAGUGUAACUGACGCACGGUGAUUGUUGUGACAGAAGUGGAGAAGAAUAUCAUCGUAUCGUCGUAUUUCCAGUUCAGAAUCAUCGUAUGAGUCGAUAGGAAAAAGAUUUUGAUAACCCUAAAGAGGAAACGAUUUUAUUAAAGUGCACGGGUCUCGUGCAAACGUGCGAGAACGAUGAAGUUUCAUUACAAGGAGAAACACUCUUUUGAAAGAAGGAAGGUCGAGGGUGAAAAAAUUCGACGAAAAUAUCCCGAAAGGGUUCCCGUUAUCGUUGAGAAGGCUCCAAAAGCUAAAAUUAGUGAUUUGGAUAAACAAAAAUAUCUAGUACCAUCUGAUUUGACUGUGGGACAAUUUUACUUUUUAAUCCGUAAACGAAUUCACUUACGUCCAGAAGAUGCUCUCUUCUUCUUUGUGAACAACAUUAUUCCUCCAACAAGUGCUACCAUGGGAUCUCUUUAUGCGGAACAUCAUGAAGAAGAUUUUUUCCUCUAUAUAGCAUACAGCGAUGAGAAUGUGUAUGGACACUAAUUCACAAAUAUAAAGAAGACAACAUCCAAACAAAAGAGCAGACAGAAAUUUGCCACCUACAAUAACGUAGUCCUUUUAGAAGCUUUUGGAAGUGUUAACAAAAUUACAUCUUUCAAUCAUUUUGAAUGAAAAUUAAAAUUCUAGCAUUGUAUACUAAUUUAAGCUUGCUUCCUUAAGGUAAAUUGGACGCGUUCGUCUGCCAAAUAUACGAACGUUGUACUUUUUUGAUUCCAUCACUCACCGCUAAUUGAAGAAGUUUAGGGAUUCAGGAUGUAAACAUCGUAGUUAUGUUCUAUGAUUUUUUUAAUACAUAAAAAAUUGAAAAAUUAUUAAAAACGAAAAGCUUUCAUGUUAAAAAGAAUAAUUAACUUGAUAAUUGUUAUAAAAAUAUAUUUACAUGCUUCAAUAAUGAUUUAAAAGUUACUAAUAUUUAGAAUGGUCUUAUUAUAAAUUCAUAAUUCUAUGUAGUUGUUUUAUGUGACAUAAUUUUCUCUUGUUUAGGCUAGUAUUCUAUUUGCAUGUUUCAUUAUAAUUUGACCAUAAAAAAAAAAAAAAAAAAUGAGAAGAACUUGCUGAACAUUUGGUGAAGUGAAAAUUUGUUAUAAUAAUGAAUAAUGUAAUGUAACAGUAAAUUUGUUGGCUGGAUGUGGGUCAAUAAAAAAAUUAUAAAAGUAAA